AUGACUAAGAAGCUACUAGCUGAUAAAAUUGCAAAGAAGAUUAACAAAGUUGCCGUACCAGAUUUUGAUAUCGAAGAUGAUGAACGUGCCGUUUUUGAACAUAACGAAAAUGCAAAUUCCUCCAAUGAUGAUUUGAGUGAUCUUGAUGACGAGAAGGAGGAAGAGCUUAAAAGUGCUCAUUACGUGGAUGUUGGGAAAUCUAAGUUGAGAGCUAACACUUUGGAAAUAAAGGAUGAAAAAUAUCAAGGUUCCAAGGGUUCGAGGAAGGACCUAUUUGACAAUGACAAUGAGAAUGUAUCUGAUAGUGGCUCAUCUGAUGAAGCAAAUAAUAAUGAAGAUGAUGUCUCAGAUAGUGACGACGCUAUUUCUCUUAAGACAGACUCCGAAGAUGAACUCAUCUCAGAAAGUGAAGAAGAAUCUGGUGAUUCAGAGGCGGAGGAAGAAGAUGAGGACACUGAGUUGAAAAGAGAGCGUUUAGCUAAAUUGGUUCAGCAAGAAACUAAACAAGUCAUGAAUAAAUUAUCUCAAUCAAUCCAGCGUGAUGCAGCCAAGGGUUACUCGAUUGCCAAUCAAAAUAGACUUUUUGAUAAUAUUAUAGAUAUGAGAAUUAAGCUGCAAAAGGCUGUAACAAACGCUAAUAAAUUACCAAUAACGAAGGAAUCCUGGAAUACUUAUACAGUAGAAUCAAAAGAAACUACCAAGUUGUUGAAUAAAAGUUCCGAAUUGGUCAAUAGAGUUCUUGGGCAACUAAUUAAUUUUAGAAAAGACUUCCAACGCGGAGAUAAUAUAAAUCAAGACAUUGAUAGCAACGAUGAGACAUCUUUACAUGAUAAGAAAAGAUCCUUUGAUGAUCUUAAUAAGGAUACCGACAAUUUAGACGAACACCUAACAAAAUACAGAAGAGCAGUUCUUCAUAAAUGGUCAAGUAAAGUAACAGCAACAUCGGGAAAUUCAGCAUUAUCAUCUACCAAAUUUAAAGCUAUUAAUCAACCUACGGACAAACAAGUGGAAAAUCAAUUGGCAGAUUUAACAAGAUUGAGGAAACGUACAUAUUUGAAUAGGAGAAAUUUACUCCCAUUAGGAUUUCAAGAUGAUCUUAAGGAGAAAAGACUUUCUUAUUUCCAAGCAGAUGCUGAUAAAGCUAUUGAUGGGGAAGAAGAAGAAGAUAUUAACCAAGACAUCCCAAAAAAUUAUGAUCCAAGAAGAAAGGACAACAACGCUAUUGACACAACUGAAAAUCCAUACAUAUUCGAUGAUGAAGAUUUUUAUCGUGUGCUACUGAGUGAUGUAGUUGAUAAGAAGACAUCUAAUGUACAAUAUGGUUCGACAGAGAAUCCAACAGUGACAAUCUCAUCAAGAUCCAACAAUAAACUAAAAAAGAAUAUCGACACAAAAGCAUCGAAGGGUAGAAAACUAAAUUAUUCAGUUCAAGACCCUAUUGCUAAUUUUGAAGCUCCAAUCAAUUCAGGAUAUAAAUGGAAUGAUGAACAGAUUGAUGAAUUUUUUGCUGGUUUAUUAGGCCAAAGAAUUAAUUUCAAUGAAGAUGAGAACGAGGACGAUAACAAUUCUGGUGAUGAUAAGGAAGAAUUGGAAGCAAUUAAGAAUGACGACAUUCAAAUUUUCGGUUAG